AUGGUCUUCAGUCCUCAAAGCGCUCCUCCAGAAGGAGGUGUCGUGAAGAAGACCACGUCCCCCCCGGCGGCGAUUCACACAAAGCCGACGACGGAGCAGCAGCCGAAGAAAAAUGUCCCCGACAUCCAGCCCAGCAAGACGCACAAGGCCGAGGAUCAGGGCGGUGAAACGAAGAAGCAGUUGAAGGGUACAAAGAUUAUCGUGAAUUCCGUGGUCGAGCAGAACGUGGUGAAUUCUUCCGAGAAUACCGCGCCGAAACCAACGAAAAGUCAGGAAUCAAGUAAACAAACGAAGACACCUACAUUGUCAUCGGUGGUUCAAGUACAUACUAAGGAUGAAACUCCAGGCGUGAAAAACAAUCUUGCUGAACCGGAAUAUGAUUUUCUCUCGAAGCAACCGACGGAAGUGAUCGACGAGACAUACAAGUUGAUCAACCUGCGACCCUCGUCGAAAGUACAUCACAAGCCGCGUACCACUCCGCGAAGGGACAAAGAGAACCCAACUGGCCUGGUAACCAAGUUGGGCGGCACCAUCGUAAAAGAUGGACUCACGACCGUGCAUGAGACCAGCGUGAUCGGGACUUAUAUCAACGGCAAGUAUGCCCAAGUAUUGCAGAGCUCAUCAAGAAUUCUAUCGGCGCCGGUCGCACCAAUAGGUGAAGGUAAGAUUCGGCCCUCCAGCACCAAUCGCAUCCUGAAAACUAUUAGUCCUCAGCAUGGCAAGCUGAAACCACAGCUGGAGCCCACCCCGACUCAUCAGCAACAGGACGAAUCUUCACUGCCCUUGGAAGCUCUUUUUAAUGAACCUUCUGACACUUCAGUACGAUCGACGCGAAAACCUUCGAUCUCCAAUAAUUCACCCAGACCCAAAUUCCGAAACAAGAUUGCCGAUGAAUACGAUAACAGCGAACCACAGCAAACGAGAAUUGGAAAGAAUCGUUCCAGCACGACUCGACCAAAUUACAAAAAUCGUCCCGCAACUACCACUACUGAAGCACCCAUCACUCGUCGUCGCAGUGGUUUCCGGCCGAACAGUCAAUCCCCUAACUCACCCUCGAAACAGUUGACGAAAUCAAAGAACAGCGAUCAGCAACCGUCAACACCGAUCAGUCUUCUGCCCAAGGUAAAGCUACCGAGGACGCAAGGUCGCUGGUCAUACAAGACCACGCCGAAACCAAGAAUCAUGAUUCGUAAGCAGGUGGAUGAAGAAGAUUUGCGAACAUCGACAACCGAGCCAAGUACAGCAGAGUUGAUUCCCGGGGCAGUUUUUGACGAGCAAGGCAAGACGCCAGCGACGACGGCGAUGAUGAUCAACGUUUCCCCGAUCUCAUCCAAUGUUGCCCAGAGGAAAGAACUGUCCUUGACGGAGGACGAGCUAGAUCCCAGUGAAAGCGAAGACGUGGCUAGUGUCAGCAUGCAACAGGAUCAGCAGCAUCCUGGAGAACAAAUCCUACCAGUAGAGACGCUCAAUGUGGAAAUCUCCACCGCGGCGGAUCUCGACAAUAUAUACUUCGAGAUUGCCACUAUCAAAUCGCCUUACUCUUUCCAAGUAGGAACACUCCGAAAUACUCGCUACAUCACAGUGACCUCCACCAUCAAGAAAACAUUUGCAACGGCCGAACCGAGCAGUUCAAUUUCACCAACGGAGCCGCUCACUGAGAACAUCUUGGCGAACACUGGGGCUGCUUACGAGUCGACCUUGCCACUAGACUCAUCUAUCGCGACACUACCAGCGAUCUCCUUAGAUGCUGCUCAGGCGACACCGCCAUUAGAAACGCUGACAGAGACGUUCUCGACGACUCAAACGUUGCUGAAAACGCAUAUGUUACCAGUGAUCUACGCCGGCAACAGCACCACUCGGUUGACCUUGGUGCAAACGUAUAACAUCGCUCGAGUGGUGACGGCGACGAAGACACUGCCACCGAUGGAGAUCUAUCAGUUUAUUCCGAGCAAAACGUUAAACGAGUUCAACUCGAAGCUCGAUGAAGCCGGCAGUGAACUGCAUCUCGAGCUCGACUUUGGCGAUGACGAUCGUGAUGACGAGGAUAUUCCAAAGAGAGUGGUGGUGCCCAACAACGAUCCCGACACCGACCUGGAUGUUUUUAAGUCAGCAUCGCCGUCCAAGGUCAAGAGCGACACCGCAACCAGCAGCAAUGCAGAGCCUCAGCUGACCCCAGAGCAGGCCCAACAAUUGGCUCUACUGAAAUAUUUUGGCCAACCGCAACCUCAGGUCAUCACUACAUCCAAACCAGUAGUCACUUUGGAGACGCUAUAUGAAUCGCACGUGAUUCCUGUGGUGAACUUGGGGAAUACCAUCUACUCGACACUGACCAGGCCAGUCGGCACCGUACCUAAGACGUCCUACGAAUAUGGCACGUCUACCCUGAGUCCGGUGCUGCCGCAACCACAGAUACAGCAGGUGCCACAGUUGCCACUGUUUCCGCAGCAACCGCAAUUCACGGUGACGAGCGCGCCCAUAAUCACUCAGACUCUCGCUACCGUAUCUGACUCGCGAGUACUAAAACUGACUUUCGGCGCCAAAACCGCCUAUACUACUCUCUUCUCCACAAGGAUCGUGCCUACCGAACUCACUACCUACAUCACCAACACGGUACCGAUACAGCCGACAGUAGCAGCAUACCCCGGUUACUAUCCGGCGCCGGUGCCUUACCCACCCUUCCCCUUCGUCGGUUAG